AUGUUAAAAAGUCUCCUCUCACGCAUACAUGGCUCAGCAAGGGUGGCAGCUUUAAGGAAACACCGGUUGCUGAUCAGAAGGUCAUUAUCAGCAUGGAUUGACCCAACCAAAGCUGGGUCCUCAAGAAGUCGGCUGGAAAAUUUGGAUGUGGAGAAGUUAUUUACAAACAAGGAAGUGCAAAAGCUUCUGCAGGAUCUUACUGAUACCAAUUUAGAGAAGAUUUUUGCUGAAAGAGUUUUUGACGUGCAGGAAAGAAGUCAUUUUGCAUUGAUGACUGAAAAAAUGUAUGAAGAAGCCUUAGAGAACAUGAAAGAAGAGGGUAAACAAUUUUUGCAAUUUGUACCAAUUAAAGAACCUCGAUCGAAUGAAGUUGAAAUACUGUCAAAGGAUCCGCUAAUCAAAGGAUUUGAUACCUCAAAAUUUAUUUUUGUUGAUAUUACCUUCGACGCAACGAAUCAGGCAAGAACUGGCGUCUAUUUACCAGUUUCACUUUCUUACUUACUUCCGAACAGAACGGUGGUAGUAAGAGAAACUGAUGGGACACUUCGAACAGCAACUGUUGAAGAACACGACAGAAUGAAUCGUACCUACUUUGCGCAGCCAGAACGACCUGUUAAUGAGCCUGCUUUAUUUAAGAAUCCCUCCCUAAAAGAGGCUCUAGAAAGAAACGACCACGAGUACGUAUUGGAUUACGCGUGUUAUUAUUUUGAGCCAGACGAUCCUGCUUUUGUUAAGGUUUAUCGUGAAAUUUUUGAUGAUACUGCCGAAAAGAAGAAAUUUGAGUUAAUUUACUCCACUCGCCAUUUUGGUCCAUUCGUUUUCUAUAUGGUUAUCAACGACAAUAUGAAUCCACUGUUGAAUUUUUUCGCUUCUACUGGCAGGUUAACUUUGUUGUUUUCCUCACUCGUCUCGGAUGCAUGUUACUCAUGGACUACUUUCUUUUCUUCUUAUGAGUUAUUUGUUUUACCAAAGGAGUUGAACUUCGUGUGUUUCAUUUUUGCUUUCAUUAUCAUCAUGAUACUAUUCACCUUUCAUCUCAUGUACAUAAAUUAUAUAUUUCCUCAUUACGAAGUUUCGUUGAGGGCAGAGGUUGAUUGCUUGUCGAAUACUGCAAAAUUAAUACGUUUAUAUAAAAUUGUUCAUCCGCACUGGAGGGUAGCCAUUGGAAGCGGUGAUAGUGAUAGAAAGAUUGUUAUGGAUUUUCUGAGGCAGAAUCGUGAUGAGGCAACGAAGUUAGGAGAUGUGGUUCGGCUUUUGUCCGAAGGAGUUGAAAAAGUUGACGUGAAAAAGAAAGCUAUUAGUUUGAAAAGCCAGUCUGUUCCAAAGAUGGAAUUAAUUAACAAAGAGACACUUCGUACCAGAGAAGGUCCCUUAGGUGACCUGGCUGAUGAAUAUCCGGUAAGCGUAGUCACAGGUUCAUAUGAAAAAGUCAAAGACGAAAACACUGGAAAGAAAAGUGUUCCGACCAGGAAGCAGAGAAGUUCGAAAACUAAGUGGUCCAUAAUGGCAAAACAAUCUAUGGCGAAAGUUAGGCGAAGAGUCAAUAGGCAGGGGAAAACGGUUGUCAUUGGUGAUGGAGAGGGAGACAAAAUGGUUACAAAGGCACCAGAAGAUGAAAGCGAUGUGUUGCUUGAUUCAGAAGCGAAGCUUUAUGUCCCAAAUGGAGAUCUGGAUCUCGAGUGGCAGCCAUCACUCACUUCUGUUUUUAAAAUCAUAUUUUCUUUUCGCAUGGCAGCGGCAUUGUGGAGUUCCAUCUCAGACUGUGACGAAGUUUACAAUUAUUGGGAGCCGCUGCAUUUAUUCCUUUACGGUAAAGGUUUUCAAACCUGGGAAUAUUCGCCAAAGUAUGCCAUCAGGUCAUAUUUGUACGUGUUGCUUCAUUAUGGUCCUGCUUAUCUACUUCAGUCAGUGUUCACUUCCCAGAAUAAAAUUGGUGUUUUUAUAACGCUUCGAUGUGUUAUUGGCCUUUUUUCCGUAUUUUCGGAAUUAGUUUUCUACAAGGCAAUUUGUAAACGGCUUGGCAACAGUGUAGCACGUUUAUAUGUCGUGCUUACUGUUUUUUCUGCUGGGAUGUUUUCAUGUAGCUGUGCUUUCCUCCCAUCUUCGUUCAGUAUGGCUCUAAAUACUUUUGCUCUUGCAGCGUACAUGUACCAUCAGUGGCUUUUAUCCAUUCUCUGUACCGCAAUAAGUGCCCUAGUUGGUUGGCCGUUUGCUGCAGUUCUCGGUCUUCCAGUCGUUCUUCAUAUGUUAGUUGUUGCUCCACGACGACUGUUAUUUUUUUUUAUAUCUUAUUCGCUUUGGGCGGGCACUGCUGUAAUCUGCACUCUUUUUUUUGUCGACUCGUACUACUAUGGGAAAUUAGUCUUGGCACCGUUAAAUAUUGUACUAUAUAACAUAUUUUCUUCUCAUGGGCCAAAUCUUUAUGGAGUUGAGAAAGCUUCCUUUUAUGUCUAUAAUCUUCUUUUGAAUUGGAAUAUUGCACUACCGCUUGCGACAUUUGCAAUCUUUUGUGCUGCCUUUACCUUCGUUAGAACACGACGUUCUCAGCAGCAGCAGAGCAAUCGCUUCCACUUUGAAAUGUCCUUCAACUACUGGCAGCCAUUUUUGCCUUUAUUCUUCAUGUUUUUAUCUCUUGUUUUAUGGCUAGCUAUUUUCUUUUUACAACCUCAUAAAGAAGAAAGAUUUUUAUUUCCUGUUUAUCCGAUAUUGGCCGUCUUAGCUGCUGUGACUCUUGAUUCUAUUCCGAGGUUGGGUAUGUUUAUGCUUGGAGGAGGCUCUCGUCGUUUGUGGUAUGUGGUUUUAGUCUUAGCUCUGGCCACCUUCACAGUACUUUCAUUGUCACGUUCUAUGGCUUUAUAUAGAAAUUAUUCAGCUCCUAUGAAAAUUUACAAAGGUCUUAACGAACAUUUAAGUGAUCCUUCAAGUUUGGAUGAUCUGAUUGAAAUGCGAAAAAAUAAAAGCUCUAUCAUCAAAGUUUGUGUGGGAAAAGAAUGGUAUCGUUUCCCUUCCUCAUUUUUUCUUCCUUCAUAUGUAACUGACCGCUCUGGUGGAGUGUGGACCACAGAUCUACGUUUUAUUAAAAGCGAGUUUGCUGGUUUACUACCGAAAUAUUAUGAGAAUGGAUCAUUACCGCAUAUUACACGGUUGAUACCCACUGCAAUGAAUGAUUUAAACAUUGAAGAAACUUCUAGGUACGUCGCUGUCAACGAAUGUGAUUAUCUUAUUGAUUUAGAAACACCCGAAUUGGCAGUACAUGAGCCAAAUUAUGCUGGGCAGGUAAAUCAGUGGCGUUCUAUACUGCGAAGCCCCUUUCUUAUUGCCUCAUAUUCCGAUCCUAUUUACAGGGCUUUCUACAUUCCCUUUACUUCGAAGGCAAAUUUAAGAUUUGGAUCAUACCAUCUUCUUAAACGAAUAAGAUAA